GUCUUGCGCUUCCGCGGACAGUUCACACCUCGUGAAGACCAGUGAAGACGUUGGUGUGCUAAGCGUGGUAUCCCGCAGAUACAAGGAAACGAAAGUAAUUUGUGAGGAUGGCGGCGAUUAGUCUGUUGAAUCCGAAGGCCGAGUUCGCCCGGGCGGCGCAAGCAUUGGCGGUGAACAUCUCCGCCGCGAAGGGAAUUCAGGAUGUGAUGAGAACCAACUUGGGGCCCAAGGGAACCAUGAAGAUGCUGGUGUCUGGAGCCGGAGAUAUAAAAAUUACUAAGGAUGGCAAUGUGCUUCUUCACGAAAUGCAAAUCCAACAUCCUACAGCAUCCCUAAUAGCGAGAGCAUCUACUGCUCAGGAUGAUAUGACUGGUGACGGCACAACUAGUACCGUACUGGUCAUUGGUGAACUUCUGAAGCAAGCUGAUUUGUAUAUAGCGGAAGGACUGCAUCCCAGAAUGCUCACGGAUGGUUUUGACCUGGCUCGUGCUAAAGCAUUAGAAAUCUUGGACUCGAUGAAAAUUCCAAUUGAGUCUGUUAAGCAAAACUUGUUGGACAUUGCAAGGACCUCCCUCAGAACAAAGGUUCAUCAUACUGUGGCCGACAAACUGACAGAGAUUUGCGUGGAUGCUGUACUAGCUAUUAAGCAGCAGGACAAAGAAAUCGAUUUGCACAUGAUUGAAUUAAUGGAAAUGCAGCAUAGAACGGCAGAUGAUACUAGUCUGAUUCGUGGUAUAGUCACUGAUCAUGGAUCUAGACAUCCAGAUAUGCCAAAAAGAUUAGAGAACGCAUAUAUACUGAUCUGUAAUGUGAGUCUGGAAUAUGAGAAAAGUGAGGUGAACAGUGGAUUCUUUUACAAAUCGGCAGAAGAACGCGAAAAGUUAGUGGCUGCCGAACGUGUGUUUAUCGAUAAUCGCGUGAAAAAGAUUAUCGAAUUGAAGAAGAAGUUGUGCGACGGAACGGACAAGUCGUUUGUCGUGAUAAAUCAAAAAGGAAUUGAUCCGUCAUCUCUCGAUAUGUUCGCAAAGGAGAACAUUAUUGCUUUGCGUAGAGCCAAGCGCAGAAACAUGGAACGUUUAGCACUCGCGUGUGGUGGCGUAGCCAUGAAUUCUGUGGAUGAUCUGAAAGAAGAACAUUUGGGCUGGGCUGGCCUCGUGUAUGAACAUGUUCUGGGAGAAACCAAGUAUACUUUUAUAGAGGAGUGUAAAAAACCAAAUUCUGUAACCAUUUUAUUGAAGGGACCUAAUAAAUUUACAUUGGAACAACUCAAAGAUGCUGUGCGUGAUGGACUUAGGGCUAUAAAAAAUGCUAUCGAUGAUCAUGCAGUCGUUCCCGGAGCUGGAGCCUUUGAGGUUGCAACUAGUCAAGCCCUUCAACAAUAUAAAGAGCAAGUGAAAGGAAAGCAACGUUUGGGAGUACAGGCCUACGCUGAGGCUUUACUUAUCAUUCCGAAGACUCUCGCUAUUAAUAGUGGAUUCGAUCCGCAGGAUACAAUUGUCAAAUUAUUCGAGGAAAGCACCGCUUUAGGAGAACCAGUAGGAUUAGAUCUAUCUACAGGGGAAGCUUUAAAACCCGCAGAUGCUGGCAUUUAUGACAAUUACAAUGUAAAGAAACAAAUCAUCAAUUCUUGCACGAUAAUCGCCAGUAAUCUUCUUCUGGUUGACGAAAUAAUGAGAGCAGGAUUAUCUUCAUUAAAGGGUUAAACCACAAUGCAAAUCUUAUGGAAUUAAAAGUUUAAGGACCACUAAGUUUUUUUUUACAAAGUAAUUCAAAUUGUUAAAUUAUCACAUUUAUUUUGCAUUAUAUCUGUUAAUUAAAUACGUCGCUUGAUCUCUUGUCUUUUGACGUAAAUAUUUAAUAACACAAUAAAUUUUCACAUUAAACUUAAAAAAA